AUGCGAUUAGCACGCUUAUUUCUAGAUGCAAACGAUGAAGAACAUCGUAAUGCUGCUUUACAAAGAGAACAAGAAUUACACGAACAAAGAAUUCAGUUGUUAGCUUCAAUGAGGCUUAAUAAUCAUGAACAGCAGAAUCAGAGAAGAUCCCAAAGAGUACAUCGAUUCCCUCGUUCAUCAAAUGACUCCACGUCUAGUCAGUCUUCGAAUAGGUCUAAUUCUAUUCUUUCAGCUAAAGAACUACAAGCAGAGACAUUACAAAUUAUUCAAACAAAAGCAAGGACCUUAAUGAAUCUACACAAUAGAAAAGCUGGAAGAAGAUUGGUAUGGAAAAAUCGUGUUACAAAGUGUAAAUGUCAUGGUGUUAGUGGAGCUUGUUCAAUGCGUACAUGUUGGCAACGUGUCAAUGAAUUUCGUCUUGUCGGUAUAAUGCUGAAAACUGCUUAUGAUCAAGCUAUACGUGUAACCUAUGAACCAAGAUUAGACAUUUUAAAACGAAUUAAUAUUGGAAGAGGCACAAGUAAUUAUGAAAAAUACAUCCACAAUAGUAAUAAUAAUAAUUAUCCGAAUAAACGAAAUCCAUCAUCAUUGUCAACACAUUAUAAACAUGAUACAAAGAAUUGGUUAGUUGUCAUUAAUAAUCAUAGUAAUAAUAAUAACAACAACAAUGGCUUAAAACAAGAUCACAAUGAAUAUUUAAAUAGUGAACGUCUUCUACGUAGAUGGCCACGUAUGACAACGACAAAAUCAAGAGAAAUGCCAAAGAAUAAAUUAGUUUAUCUGGAAGAAUCACCUAACUACUGUUAUUUUGAUGAAAGUAUUGGUCAUUUAGGCAUUGCUGGUAGACAGUGUAACGCAACAUCUAAAGAUGCAGUGAAUUCAUGCUCACGUUUAUGUUGUGAUCGUGGUUAUGAUACAAUGGAGUUUGAACGUGAACAGAAAUGUGAAUGCAAAUUCUUUUGGUGUUGUGAAGUUCGGUGUAAUAUAUGCCGAGAAAGAACUGUUAUACAUCAUUGCAAACAUUAA